AUGGUUAAGAUUAACCUUCCGCUGAUAAUUACUCUUUCUUCCCUGGCGCUGACACUUUUCCUAGCUGCUCUGGACAUUGUCAUCGUCAUUACGUUGUAUGAGACAAUCGGCCAAAAAUACAGAGAUUAUGCGAGUAUUGGCUGGUUGGUCUCUGGGUAUGCGUUGCCGAGUGCGCUGUUUACGUUGUUGUGGGGCCGUUUGGCAUCCAUCUUUGGCUUGAAAACAAGCCUGACAAUUUCUAUUGUUAUAUUUGAGAUAGGUUCGCUAAUUGUUGCUGUCUCAAACUCCAUGGGCAUGCUUAUUGGAGGUAGAGUUGUGGCUGGGUGUGGUGGAAGCGGCAUCCAAUCGUUGGUUUUCGUGGUCGCGACGUCUCUCGUGAAAGAACGAAACAGAGGCCUUGUAAUUAUGGUUUUGGGUUUCUCUUUUGCCGUGGCUUUCGCAAUCGGACCUGUGCUCGGUGGUGUUUUCACCGAACAUGUAACAUGGCGAUGGUGCUUUUUUAUCAAUUUACCCAUCGGGGGCCUAGCGUUAGCCCUGUUGCUCAGCAGCUAUAAUCCUACCAGCACACGCUGGCAGGAUUCAUUCCGACGCAAGCUCAUAGCGAUCAAAAAAUUCUCUUACAGGCAGCUGCUCACCUCGAAAUUCUGGCAUCAGGCCUAUCUUUUCCUGGCGUUCAAGCUAGAUCUCAUUGGCUUUGCCAUUUCAUCCUCUGGAUUUGUGUUAUUUCUGCUGGGAGUCACAUUUGGAGGAAAUGAGUAUCCAUGGCACUCAGGUACCAUCAUCUCGUACUUGACAGUUGGUGGCUUCUUGAUCAUAUUAUGGGUAUUGUUUGACUUUUCACUUCUAUACCGCUGGGCUAAGUGUCACCAAAACGUGGAACCCGUUCCACUGUUACGGAAAACUCUAUGCUAUUUGCCCGGUAUUGCCACAAGUUCCUUAACGGUCUUUUUCGGAUGCCUCGCUUUCAACAUGCAAUCUGUGUAUGUUGUCCAGUAUUAUCAGCUGGUUCACAAUAAUGGACCCACGUCCGCCAGUAUGCACCUGUGGGGAUUUUUGGUGGCUACCUUGAUAAGCAUUGUUGCCAUAGGCAAAGUUUCAUCGACUUUCGGAAUCAUCAAGCCAGAGAUUGUUGUUGGUGUGACGCUUGGGUUGAUAGGUGCGGGUCUACUGACCUUGAUCAAGACGACGAGCACUACUGGGAACACUAUAGGGUAUUGUAUUCUGCCUGGUGCUGCUUUCGGGUGUAUUUUGCAAGGCACGCUGUUAAGUGCACAAGUGCAAGUCGACCGGGACACUGCUGAUUUUCAUACCUUGUUCAUUGAAGCAACCGCUUUGAACACCUUUUUCAAGUCCCUUGGGAUGUCUUUCGGAGGAAUUAUGGCUACUAUGAUCUUUACUAAUUCGGUCAAAAACCAGUUGAGAGACACAACUGCUGGAUUGCCGCCCUUCAGCAAUAUCGAGGCGCUAAUUGCGUACCGGGGCCAGCACUUUGAUGGAUCUAAUUCCGUGCUGUCUAAUGUAUUUGCUAAAGGCAUCCGAAAUGUGAUGUACGCAGCACUUGGAUCUUACGCCAUAGCAUUCAUGAGUGGCCUUUUCACAUCUAACAGAAGAUUAGUGCUGCCUUCAAAAGCUGACGACCUAGAGCAUUCUUCAGCGGACCACACGAUCCAUGAGAAGACCAGUAGCAGCACCGAGGGUAGAGACGGCCGUUCCACGAUCGAAGAAAAACCCAAGAUUACAUUUAAGGACAAACUAUUUGACGCCUUCAAAUCCAGGAAGACUGACCAGUCGUUGACUGAGUCGUAG